CCGGCGACGUCAUCGCCGCGCGCGCCCCCCGAGGCGGGGAGGGGAGCAGGAUGCUGAGCCGCCUGCAGGAGCUCCGCAAGGAGGAGGAGACGCUGCUGCGGGUCAAGGAGGCGCUGCACGACCAGCUCACCCGCCUCAAGGUGGAAGAGUUGGCUCUUCGGUCCAUGAUUAACGCCCGGGAAGGGACCGUGUUCACACCCUCAGCUGCUGUGAUGGAGGAGCAUGUAAACAUGGACAACGAAGCCGCCAUUAAUCAGACUAAGCUGCAGCUGCAAGUACAUGCUAGCGAGGAAGAGGAGGAGGAGGAGGAAGAAUCGGAUUCCUAGGGUGCAAACGCUGCCGUCCGGCCAGUUUUCCGUCAUAGACUCAGAAGCCCCCCGGCUCGAUUAGACUUUGGUGCUACAGAGACUAAACUGCAAUCAGAGAUGCCGCCGAGCUUCCUACAAGCUUCCAAAGGUGGUAGUAAAUGGGGGGCGGGUGGGGGGGAGAGGCCUGGAAAAGGACAGUGUUGAAGCCUAACUAUGUAGCAUGAGUCGUUUUAUAGAGCAGACGUAUGUUUCAAAACAAGUAGCAAUUUGGGAAACGCACAGCUUUUGGAGCAAUAAUCUAUCCAUGAAACAUCUACUGCCUGGUGGAAACAGGCUGGAACGUUGCCAGUUCUGUGCCAGUGGUUUUACUGAACCUCCCAUGGAUAAGCUGCACAAAAGUAACGAAAAAUGUAGUUUACAGUUA